UCGGCUGGACAUGGCGUCCUCGUCUUCUCCGCGUCCCGGGUCGCGGCUCCGCUGUAAGCCCGGCGGGCGGCUGGACAUGAGCCACGGCUUCGUGCAUCACAUCCGAAGGAACCAGCAGGCCCGGGACGACUACGACAAGAAGGUGAAGCAGGCGGCCAAGGACAAGGCCCGGAGGCGCCACACGGCCGCGCCCACGCGGCCCCGCAGGCCCGACCUGCAGGUGUACCUGCCGCGGCACCGAGAUGGUUCUGCGCACCCCAGCAGCCGAGACUGUGCAGAGUCCGCAGAAAGCAGCAGUAGUGUCAGUUCUGAACCAGAGUCUUCCAGCCAUCAGCUCUUCUGCUUAGAAUAUGAGGCAGACAGCGGAGAAGUCACAUCAGUUAUUGUGUAUCAGGACGAUGAUCCAGGAAGGGUGAGUGAAGAGGUGUCAGCUCACACGCCUCUGGAUCCACCCAUGCAAGAGGCCCUCAAGUUGCGCAUCCAAGAAGAGAUUGCCAAGCGCCAAAGCAGACACUGACCUGGUUGAAGGCAUUCUCUCCAAACUGGAUUCGAUUCUCAGGGUCUUCAACCCUCCCUUGGGAGUGCAGAACCAGACUGGGCUGAUCUUGAGUUGAGACACCACCCUCCUUCCCCAAGCAGCCGAAUUCACAAGAAAAGGAUAUUGCAGGGACUGUUCUUGGCUACCUCCCUUGCGGUUCGUUUUUCUUGUAUGUUGGCCCGUUUGAUGAGCCUAAUAAUUUUAGAACUUUUGAGAGUUUUGUUUAGCUAUCUUAGUGUCUGGGUGCAGAAUCCAGAGAGAACCAAGGUUUACAGAGCCUUAGGCUUCCUUGCUGAGGUUGGGUUGUAUGGGCUUGGGGUGCCAGGCCACUGCUAGCUCACUCAGCUCUAGGAACCUUAUUUGUGAUAUCAGAUUUUCACUUACCUGUGCUGCUCAUUUCCAUCCACGUUUUCCUACAUAUUCAAGUGAUCUUUAUUGUCCCCUUUAUCUUUUAGUUUCUGAAUUUACCAGUUUCACCCACCUCCCAAACUGACUAUGCACAUCCAAUUACUCAGGACUUUGGAGGUGGGCCUCUGGGGAGUCUGUCUUCUUGUCUCAGUAAUCCCCAUACCAGUAAACUGGAAAAUCAUUGUUUUUGAAGCCUACUUGCAAGCCUAUGUGUUCCCCUUUCAAAACUUUUGCAAGUGUCAUGGUAUACAAGGCUUUGCACUGUUCAGGCAAAGGAACCCAGAAGGAGGAUGAAACUAAACUUUAGGGAUUUCUGAUGCAAAAUCUGAUCCAUUU